GGGCAGAACCGGAACAUUAUCCUCACACAUCACCCUGGGAACUAUGGUACCGGAACUGUAUUCCUAAAGGGCAGAACCGGAACAUUAUCCUCACACAUCACCCUGGGAACUAUGGUACCGGAACUGUAUUCCUAAAGGGCAGAACCCGGAACAUUAUUCUCAAACAUCACCCUGGGAACUAUGGUACCGGAAUGAUAUUCCUAAAAGGGCAGAACCCGGAACAUUAUUCUCAAACAUCACCCUGGGAACUAUGGUACCGGAACUGUAUUCCUAAAGGGCAGAACCGGAACAUUAUCCUCACACGUCACCCUGGGAACUAUGGUACCGGAAUGAUAUUCCUAAAGGGCAGAACCGGAACAUUAACCUCACACGUCACCCUGGGAACUAUGGUACCGGAACAUUAUCCUCACACAUCACCCUGGGAACUAUGGUACCGGAACUGUAUUCCUAAAGGGCAGAACCGGAACAUUAUCCUCACACAUCACCCUGGGAACUAUGGUACCGGAACUGUAUUCCUAAAGGGCAGAACCCGGAACAUUAUUCUCAAACAUCACCCUGGGAACUAUGGUACCGGAAUGAUAUUCCUAAAAGGGCAGAACCCGGAACAUUAUUCUCAAACAUCACCCUGGGAACUAUGGUACCGGAACUGUAUUCCUAAAGGGCAGAACCGGAACAUUAUCCUCACACGUCACCCUGGGAACUAUGGUACCGGAACUGUAUUCCUAAAGGGCAGAACCGGAACAUUAUCCUCACACGUCACCCUGGGAACUAUGGUACCGGAACUGUAUUCCUAAAGGGCAGAACCGGAACAUUAUUCUCAAACAUCACCCUGGGAACUAUGGUACCGGAACUGUAUUCCUAAAGGGCAGAACCGGAACAUUAACCUCACACAUCACCCUGGGAACUAUGGUACCGGAAUGAUAUUCCUAAAAGGGCAGAACCCGGAACAUUAUUCUCAAACAUCACCCUGGGAACUAUGGUACCGGAACGAUAUUCCCAAAGGGCAGAACCGGAACAUUAUACUUGAAACAUCAAAACCGGGACGUUAUUCUGGAAAAACCAGUGGUUCCGGAGCGUUAUCUGCGCGUUACCUCUGCACGAGCCCAACAGGCCACUUCCCAACAUGGCGACUGCCUAGAACUCAAGGAUUUGGACUCUCACAGACAAUUUUAUGGGUUUUUAAUUGUGACACGAACUUUAUGUAAAUGUAAGAAUUUUUUUUUUUUUUUUAAAGAAGUUUGUAAAUAUAAUUUAAAAUUUGGCCGGAAAUUUUACCAUUUCUACCUGCUGAGCCGAAAUAAAUGAGAAAGGAUCCUGGA